CCGCUGCUGCUGCCGCUGCUGCUCGGCCUGGCCGCGCUGCUCGGCUGGGGCUGGCGCCGGCGCCUCCGCGCGCGGGGCAUCCCGCCGGGGCCCGCGCCCUGGCCCGUGGUGGGCAACUUCGGCUUCGUGCUGCUGCCGCCCUUCCUGCGCGGGCGCACGCGGCUGUCCCGGCGCGCCGGGGCCGCGGGCGUGGAGCCGGGCGCCGCGGGCCCGCAGCUGAUCCUGGCCGACCUGGCGCGCGUCUACGGCGACGUGUGCAGCUUCUUCAUCGGCCACUACCUGGUGGUGGUCCUCAACGACUUCCGCAGCGUGCGCCAGGCGCUCGUGCAGCAGGCCGACGUCUUCAGCGACCGCCCGCGCGUGCCCCUGGUCUCCAUCCUCACCAAGGAGAAGGGGAUUGUGUUUGCACGUUACGGCCCAGUCUGGAGACAGCAGAGGAAGUUCUCCCACUCGACGCUCCGUCAUUUUGGCUUGGGGAAGCUGAGCCUGGAGCCCAAGAUCAUCGAGGAGUUUAAAUACGUGAAAGAGGAGAUGCAGAGGCACGGAGACAAGCCCUUCAGCCCCUUCUCCGUCAUCAACAGCGCCGUCUCCAACGUCAUUUGCUCUUUGUGUUUCGGCCAGCGCUUCGAGUCCAGUAACUGCGAGUUUAAGCGGAUGCUCGAUCUCAUGUCGCGGUCGCUGGAGAUCUGUCUGAAUAGCCAGCUCCUGCUGGUCAACAUCUGCCCCUGGCUCUACUACCUUCCCUUCGGGCUCUUCCGGGAAUUAAGACAGAUAGAAAAGGAUAUAACCAUUUUCCUGAAAAAAAUCAUCAGAGACCACCGAGAGUCUCUGGAUGUGGCGAACCCGCGGGACUUCAUAGACAUGUACCUGGCCCACGCGCAGGAGGAGCGCAGGAGUAACAGCGGCAGCAGCUUCGACGAAGACUACUUGUUUUACAUCAUCGGGGACCUCUUCUUUGCUGGGACCGACACCACAACCAACUCGUUGCUCUGGUGCCUUCUCUAUAUGGCACUGAACCCCGACGUGCAAGCAAAGGUUCACGAAGAAAUUGAAAGGGUCAUCGGUCCUGACCGCGCCCCCUCCCUCACGGACAAGGCCCAGAUGCCCUUCACGGAGGCCACCAUCAUGGAGGUGCAGCGGCUGACGGUGGUGGUGCCGCUCGCCAUCCCCCACAUGACCUCGGAGGAGACAGUGCUCCAAGGGUAUAGGAUUCCUAAAGGCACACUGAUCUUACCCAACUUGUGGUCAGUACACAGAGACCCAGCCAUUUGGGAGAAGCCCAAUGAUUUUGAUCCGAAUCGAUUUCUGGAUGAUCAAGGACAACUAAUUAAAAAAGAAACCUUUAUUCCGUUUGGGAUAGGGAAGCGGGUGUGCAUGGGAGAGCAGCUGGCAAAAAUGGAGCUGUUCCUGAUGUUUGUGAGUCUGAUGCAGAGCUUCCGGUUUGCGUUGCCGGAGGAUUCUGGGAAGCCCAUCCUCACUGGAAGAUACGGCCUCACUUUGGCCCCACAUCCAUUUAACCUGAUCAUUUCGAAGAGAUAAAGGGCAUCUCCGAGCAGAGGGGUGAACAGAACGCUGGUGUAUGACCUUUCAAACAGAUUCCUCCUUCUGCCCUUGACAGCAGAUCGCCGCCCCGAGGACCCAAGCCAGGCUCAGGUUUGAGGGGAACUGCAAAGUGUGUCUAGGCCAUGGGCGCUCUCGUUGGAGGCGUCUCAGCACAUGGCUCCUGCCCUUGUGGUGCUGCUUGCCCGUGACUUCAUGCUGGGGUCAGCGCGCCAAAUAGGGAAGCUGGGGGUCCCAAUUCCCUCCCGCCAGCGAACCUGACCCCUGGCCUCUCAGCCUCUGUCAUCCCCCGUCAGGCGCGAGGCCUAACAUGUGCCUUCUCUCUAGCUCCCUCUUCCUCCCAGGAUGCUCCGUGUCUCUUCUGAUAGCAUCAAAACUGGGGGGUGGCUCUGGAUUCCAGGCGAGAUGAUUCCUGCUUACCGCCAACGCUGCGAGCAGGACACCCCCAGAUAUGCUGUGGGGGUGCUUUUGAAUUGCACUAAGCCUUUGCAAUAGCAAGUUCUUCCUCCCUGAAGCAUACCUGCCUUUUCUGCAUUCCUGUGUUGGUAGCUUCCUUGAGGGAAUGCUGAAAUCAGGUGUUUAUAAACGAUUACAUGAUUACAUAUAAUGCCUUACACUGAAGCACUUUAAAAACAUCUUUGCCAAAGGGCUGUCUGUGUUUUCCUCGAAUCUGUCGAUAUUUUACUACUUUUACUUGAAAUGUGAAAACAAGAGCACUUUGUUUUAUAAAUCUGCCCAGUAAGAGAUGUCUAGUCCCCACCUUUAGCCUAAUUUCAGAUGCUUUCAUUAAACUUUUGAUUUUGUCUAAGACAGUGUUAUGCUGGGUUUGUUUUACCUUCAUUGUAAACAAAAUUCAUGACAUUCUGUUGUCAGAUGUCAAGAUAGGAAAUAGAAGAAGGAAUAGACCUUCCUGGGGAGAGGCCUCAAUGGCCAAUUCGCCUGAUCUUCAGGUACAAUUCUUUUCAGAAGCCCUGUGGGAGCACUCACCACCCUGCGCUAGCAUAGUCCGUUUCCUUUUUCCUUUUUAAAAAUUGUAUCCUUUUUUUAUUGAGGCAAAUUUGGUUUACAACACUCUAUAUGGUUCUGGGCUAUAGAGUCACACCUCUUCAGAUAUAUGUUACCACACCACACCCACCACGAAUAACCCCCCACCACAGUCUGUUGGACCCCCUCUUCCCUUUACUCUUCUCCUUCCUCUGGUAGCCUCAAUUCUGCAGUCAGUUGUCUAGGGCUCGUUUUGCUUUAGGGUUGUCUGUUCCUUUGCUUUGUUUCUUUAUAUUCCACCUGACUUAUUUUGCUUAGCAUAAUUCCCUCCAAUUCCAUCCAUCUUGUUGCAAUUGAUCAGAUUUCAACUUUCUUUUUCACAGCUGAGUAGUAUUCCAUUGUGUAUGUGUGCCAUAGCUUCUGAAUCCACUCCCUGAGGCUGGACACUUAGGUUGUUUCCUUAACUUGGCUAUUGUAAAUAGUGCUGCAGUAAAUAAACAGGAGUACAGAUACUUCCUCAAACCUUGUUUACAAAAAAUGUUGGCGAGGAUGUAGAGGGAAUGGAACCCUCUUACACUGUUGGUGGGACUUUCCAGCCUCUAUGGAAAACAGAGUGGAGGUUUCGGAAAAUAUUAAAAAUAUACCUAUCAUAUGAUCCAGCAGUUCCACUCCAUUCCUAGGAAAUCCAUUCUGGAAGGGCACAGCCAGUUUCUGAUUUCCCUCACCAGAGUCAGCAUUAGUGCAGAGAAGGGUAGAUCCACACCAACCUCUGUGGCAAGGCACUGAGUACCUGUCUCUAUUACAGCCCAGUAAGAAGUGCCUUGUAAACCCUUGAACCUUGGGCUUACUGCUGGAUAAGCCCCCGUCUGUUUUUACCAUGGCCUUACCUUCCUCUCCGAGGUCACAGCCCAGUGCCCCUUCUUCAUGGAGGGGUCCCACUGAUACACUCUCUUUUUUUUUUU